AUCUUUAGAGAUCCAUCACCUGUUUAGUGGGGAUAAGGUGAGAGUAUAAAAGCUGAAUUCCUCAUUUCCUUAGGAUCAUAAACGAUUGGAUUUAAUAGUACCUGCUGAUCUUCUUCAUUCAAAAGUGCCCUCUUUAUCAAGAUGAGAACAAUUGUGAUAGCGAUAAUUUUUGGAUUGGCAGCAGCACAAGAUUCGAAUUAUAAUGUUCGUAACAGUUACCACGAGGAUAGAUCGAAUCCUCCAAAUGACGAGAGGAGAGGCCCAUUGACGACCACACCUAUUCCAAUUUUACAUUGGAACAAGCAGCAAGAGCACGAUGGAACUUACAAAACUAGUUACGAAACGGGAAACAAUAUUAUCGCCGAGGAGAGCGGUUACAUUAAGAAAGUAGGCGAAGGCGAGGAACAAGGAGAAGCGUUGGUCCAACAAGGAAGCUUCUCGUACACGAGUCCCGAGGGGAAGCUGAUCACCAUCCAUUAUACGGCCGACGAGACUGGCUUUCACGCGACCGGAGAUCACAUUCCCACGCCACCGCCAGUCAGUGAAGAGAUACAGAAAGGCCUCGACCUCAUCUUCGCAGGCAUUCGUCAGCAAGAGGAAGCAGAGGCGCGAGAAGCAGCUCAAAAAGGACAACAGCAGCCUUUGAGCCAGCAGAUCGAGCGACGAGACAAUUACGAUAGAAAAUUUCGAAAAUGAAAUAACGAUGAAAUAAACAUUGUUGAGAUACAUUCUACACGUAGCAUAAAAAUAACCGAUUAAGUCCUUAAGUUAAGACUAUUUUAAUGUAAUAAAAUAAAUUUAACAGUAUGUAAAUAAUGUAAA